AUGCAGGAGUCCAAGCCCGAGGAGCCGGAGGAGCCGGAGGAGCCGUGCACGCGGGGCUGCCACGCGCAGCGCGUCCUGCAGACCCUCGAUGCCUUCCGGCGCGACGGCACGCUCACUGACGUGGUGCUGCGCGCUGGCGGCCGCGACUUCCCGUGCCACCGCGUGGCUCUGAGCGCGGGCAGCGCCUACUUCCGCAGCCUGUUCGCGGCAGGCCGACCGGAGCGCGGCCCAGACGUGCUGCCCGUGGCGCCGGCGGCCCCCACGGCGCUGGCGGUCGUGCUGGACUACGUGUACGGCGCGGGCGUGCACCUGCGUGCCGAGGACGAGGCGGCCGCGGUGUUGGCGCUGGCCGAGCGGCUGGGCGUGGCGGGGCUGCGCGAGGCCUGCGCGCGCUUCCUCGAGAGCCGCCUGCGCGCCGCCAACAGCCUGGCGCUGCGCCGCCUGGCCGCCGCCUUCUCGCUGGCCCCGCUGGCCGAGCGCUGCGGCCGCGUGCUACGCCAGGCCUUCGCCGAGGUGGCGCACCACGCCGACUUCUUGGAGCUGCCGCCCGACGAGGUGGCGGCGCUGCUGGCCGACCCGGCGCUGGGCGUGGCGCGCGAGGAGCCGGUGUUCGAGGCGGCCAUGCGCUGGGUGCGGCACGACGCGCCAGGCCGCCGCGGGCAGCUGCGCCGCCUGCUGGAACACGUGCGCCUGCCUCUGCUGGAGCCCGCCUACUUCCUGGAGAAGGUGGAGGCCGACGAACUGCUGCGGGCCUGCGGCGAGUGUCGCCCGCUGCUGCUGGAGGCCCGCGCCUGCUUCAUCCUGGGCCGCGAGGCGGCUGCCCUUCGGGCCCGGCCGCGGAGAUUCAUGGACCUAGCUGAAGUCAUCGUGGUUAUCGGUGGUUGUGACCGGAAGGGGCUCUUGAUGCUGCCCUUCGCAGACGCCUAUCACCCAGGCAGCCGGCGCUGGACCUCACUGCCCAGCCUGCCUGGCCAUAUUCGUUCCGAGUUUGCUGCCUGUGCUCUCCGAAAUGACAUUUACAUCUCAGGAGGCCAUAUCAACAGCCAUGAAGUGUGGAUGUUUAGUUCCCAUCUGCACACCUGGAUCAAGGUGGCCUCACUGCACAAGGGCAGGUGGAGGCACAAGAUGGCAGUGGUGCAGGGGCAGCUGUUCGUGGUGGGCGGCUUUGACGGCCUGAGGCGCCUACACAGUGUGGAGCGCUAUGACCCCUUCUCUAACACUUGGACAGCCACGACGCCCCUCCCAGAGGCUGUGAGCUCUGCUGCUAUGGUGCCCUAUGCUGGCCAGCUGUAUGUGAUCGGGGGUGCUGGGCAAGAUGGCCUCAGCACAGACAAGGUGCAGUGUUUUGACCCCAAGGAGGAACAAUGGAGAUUGUGCUCACCAGCACCCUUCUCACAGCGAUGUCUUGAGGCUGUCUCCCUCGAGGACACCAUCUACGUGGUAGGGGGCCUCAUGAGCAAAGUCUUCGCCUACCACCCUGGCACUGAUGUCUGGGGAGAGGCAGCUGUCCUCCCUAGUCCUGUGGAGAGCUGUGGCGUGGCUGUGUGUGAUGGGAAAGUCCACAUUCUCGGUGGGCGGGAUGAGCGUGGAGACAGCACAGACAGCAUCUUCAUCUUUGACCCCAGCAGUGGGCAGGUAGAGGCCCAGCCUUCCUUGCAGCGUUGCACCAGCUCCCAUGGUUGUGUCACCAUCCUCCAGAGCCUGAGCAGGUAACCCAGACCUGGACUGCCUGAACCAUAAGCCAGUAAGAACCCAGUUCACUGACUGUUCCACUCCUACACCUCUUAAGUACAUAGCCCCUUAUGUUACUGCGCCCCACCCCCUUUCUUUUAGAAAUAAAACUAGUCUGGGGAGAUAGCAUAAUGGUUAUACAAAGAGAUUUUGAUGCCUGAGGCACCAAAGGUCCCAGGUUCAAUCCCCAGUACCACUAUAAGCCAGAGCUGAGCAGUGCUUUGGUAAAAACAAUAAUAAAAAUAAAUACAUUUAGGGAAAAAACAAAACUCUAGCAGUUGUGUCUGUCUUCCAACUAGUGCUUG